GGCUGACGGGACUAGUCCGGUUGUCGUCGUCGCAGGGAAGGAGCUUUCAGUCCUCCGGUCGUGAAGCCGAGCUCCCAGCGCUAGGCUCGGUCUCCAGGGUGUCCGUGUGGUCAGUCGCGUCCUUACGCCGGGGAAAUGUCGGUGUUUGGGAAGCUGUUCGGCACCGGGGGUAAGGGUGGCAAAGGCCCCAGCCCCCAGGAGGCCAUCCAGAAGCUGCGGGACACCGAGGAGAUGCUGGCCAAGAAGCAGGAGUUUCUGGAGAAGAAAAUCGAGCAGGAGCUGACGACGGCGAGGAAGCACGGCACCAAGAACAAGAGAGCUGCCCUACAAGCCCUUAAACGUAAGAAGAGAUACGAGAAACAGUUGGCGCAGAUUGACGGGACGUUAUCCACCAUUGAAUUCCAGAGGGAAGCCUUAGAAAAUGCCAACACGAACACGGAAGUCCUGAAGAACAUGGGCUAUGCCGCUAAAGCCAUGAAAGCUGCUCAUGACAACAUGGAUAUUGAUAAAGUGGAUGAACUCAUGCAAGAUAUUGCUGACCAGCAGGAGUUGGCCCAGGAGAUCUCCGACGCAAUCUCGAAACCCGUUGGCUUUGCUGACGAUUUUGAUGAGGAUGAAUUGAUUGCGGAGUUGGAAGAACUAGAACAGGAGGAACUAGACAAGAAUCUUCUGGAGGUCCACGGCCCAGAAACUGUACCCCUUCCAAAUGUGCCUGCUGCUUCUCUACCUGCAAAGCCCGUCAAGAAGAAGCAAGAGGAGGAUGAUGACGACAUGAGAGAACUAGAAAACUGGGCCGCAGUGUAAAGGCUGGAGAAAUCUUACAAGGUCCACUGACGGAAAGACUGAUAACGCUGUUGGAAUUGGGUGUACAUAUAUGUGGGACGCAAGGGGGAGGGGUACAGAAAAGGACUCGCCGUCUUUCUCCACCCCUGCUUCUUUCUCUGCCUGAAGCCUGGAACGUGAAUUCCUAGAAACAAAACCGAGAGCGGCCAUGGCUCAUGGAUACAGUGACAGUUCGUCAUUUCAUCAUUUAUCACUUUUAAGUUGGAUUCAACCUAUAGAUGGCAGCCAGACGGCCAUCAUGGAACCCUUGACGGUUGCUUUCCCUGUCUGCUCGGCCUCAUGUGCCUGUGCCCUCAAUAAAACCUUGACUCCAUGACUUCCUGAGCGCCCGUAUUCCAGUCCUGUCUCAAAAGCUUGGUGUCCUACGAUAGCAACGUGCCGCACCCUGUACAUCGCAGGUUCCAGGACUGCGCUGGUCAUACUCCAUGUUCACACUACUCCUCUUAACGUCACUCACAUUUUCUCUUUUAGUCUUUAAAUGAUCAGGCAGCAGCACAGAGGACUUCAGAAAUAAUACACGAGGGUCACACAAGCAGUCGGUGAGACCUGGUUAGGACUGGACAGGUUUUACAUAAAAGCAAUUGUAUAUUGGCUGUACAGAAUCUAAUGGAUUCUAAAUUCCUCCAUCUUUAUACAAUUGAAAUCUUAUAUUUUACAGUAGAGCGAGGAGCCUGGCACUAGGUGGCGCUGUGACCGCAUGCAUGUGCUCAGGCUCCAGCGCACACAGGGAGAUUUGUAUAGGUUGCAGUCUGUUUCCCCCCCCUGUCCACAGCUGCAGAUGGAGGCCGUCAGGCUGGGAUCCUCCGUCUGUCCGCACGUUGUGAACGCUGGCUUUCAUCCAUCUUGUUUACAAGCAUCUCAGAGCCUUUCUUCAAUCGCCUCACACAGCCACGCGCUCUUCUCUGACGGGGUGGAGCCGUACAUCGCCGGCCUAGAAGAGGUAAAUUCGGAACCAGAGGAGACCUUCUAAUAAUGUCUUUUUCUAGCUGUAUUUCUUCACGCCAGUAAUGUUACUGUUUAGUUAGGAUGAUUUGUGCGUUUUUCUUUUUCAUUAUUCAGUUGAAAAUAGAUUGCACUUUCUAAUAAAUAAAAAAAAAAUACUCUCUA